CGUUAAUGAAAACAAAACUGAAUAAAAUACUUACGAAAUACCUCGUAAAACGAUUGCGUGUGGUUAACCUCUGUCGUCGAUUAUUUUCCUCUCGAAAAAGAAUAUAAAAAGAAAAAAAAGGAUGUCUUUUCGAGAAUUACGCAACUUUACAGAAACAAUGAAAGUACUUGGAUAUCCAAGAUUAAUAUCCAUCGCGAAUUUUCGCACACCGAACUUUCCUUUAGUAGCAGAAAUUUUAGUCUGGCUUGUAAAAAGAUUCGAUUCGGAUUCAGACAUAACCUUCGAACACAACACCGAGGAAGAACGAAUUCUUCUAAUACGUAGUGUUGCCGAAUUCAUGGCAUUAAAUACUAACGUGAAAUUAAAUACGAAAAAACUAUAUCAAGCGGACGGUUAUGCUGUACAAGAAUUAUUAAAAAUAACAAACCUGUUACAAGAAGCUCAAAAUCAUGGUAGCAAGAGCAUAAAUCAAAAUGAUAAUCGUAAGAUCAUUGAAUUCAACAUAUCCGACGAGAUAAAUGAAUUAAAAUCGACGAGGCAAUUAGCUAGUCUUUUGACUGUGAAUGGAGCAACGCUUUUUGAUCUUCUUGGCCGAGAAGUUGAACUCCGUGAUAUUAGAAACAAUAAAGCUGGUAGACAAUUCGAUACUGCUGAGAUAGAAACUGCUCUGAAGGACGUCAUAGAAAAUAUGAGAAAAGAGAUAGAAGAUACAAAGAAACAAAUCGACAACGUCAAGGAUACAGAACAAAGUCUUGACACGAGAAUAGAAAGACGUCGAUCAGAAUUAGAAAGAAAUCAAAAGAGACUACAAACUUUAAGAAAAGUUCGUCCUGCUUUCAUGGAGGAGUAUGAAAAACUCGAAGCCGAAUUGAGAAUUUUAUACGACGAUUAUUUACAAAAAUUUCGAUAUCUCUCGUAUCUGGAACACUUGCACGAGGAUGCAGCUAAGGCUGAACAGGAAAGAAUUGAGAAACGACAAGCGGAAACUAAAAGGAAGCUGGAACAACUGCGUUCGGAGGAUGUAAGCUUCGAAAGCAUGAUCGAAGGAAAUGAUCUAGUAUUUGGAGCAAGUCUUCAAGAAUCUCGAUUGACUCUUGGCGAUGUUGAAAAACAAAAUAUGGAAAAAACUAUCCAACAGGGUGCUCAUACAAAAACAGAUACAGAAAAAACGUCGAGAACACAAAUGUCUCAACGACGAAUUUAUGGCAGCAUGUCUGGUCGUCAACGAGGAACGAUUUUGGAAUCUAAUGAUAGUGCUGGCUCGCUCGAUAGCGACAGCGAUCUACUUAUCGAUGGAGAUCUCGAUGACGACGACGACGAGGACGACGAUGAUCUUUUAAAUUCUGUGAGAGGAACGGACAUAGGAAAUUUUGAUCGCAAGGUUGCUCAAGAUAAACGAUCCGUCAGCAAGGUCGAUCAUUCCGACGAAGAUUUUUAAUUGAAAACAAUUUUAAUCUCGAUGAUUCAACAGUAUCAACAGAAUCGUUACUCUGAUCGGUAAUUUUCUUUAGCUUUAUUUGGUGUGUAUUAUAAAAAAAAAAAAAAAGAAAAAGAAAAAAAUAGAAAAAGAUAAGUACCAUCGUACACCUAUUCCAUAGAUAUUACAUAUAGCGUAGAAUAUAGGCAAAAAAUUCGCAUGAUUUUCAAUGAUAAUAAUACUGAUAAUGAUGAUAGUAAUAAUAAUAAUAAUAAAAAACUGAUAAUAAUAAUAGUAAUGAUAAUAAUGUCCGUUUAUGAUCGUUCGACGAGCAAUGCAUUCAUUGAUAAUGAACAAUGCCGAGAUAUAAAUAAUUAGCGAUAAAUCGUUAUUAUUCUUUUCUAUAAUACUCUCCUAUUGGGUCUUUAAUAUUAAGAAUUUCUAAGUACACAUUGUACAUACAUUAACUACGUCUACGUCAGAUAUUGUUCCUAUGGAUAUGCAUAGGGAGUUCGUUUAAACACGUUGUGCGGAUUUUGAGUGCGCUCGUUAGAAAAAAAAAAGAAAAAAAGAAAGAAAGAAAGAAAGAACAGGAUAUUCUGAACCAAAGAAACGAGCGAAACUUAUAAUCUUCAUGAUCUAUAUUCACAAUAAUCUUUCAACGUUUGUCAUUAUGGUAUAAAAUUGAUCACAAUGAAACGAUCAAAUGAGAUGAUAAAAAAAAAAUUUCGAAGUACAUUUGAAAUAUUUUUUCCUUUUUUUUUUUUUUUUUUUUUUGUUCAUGAUCAAAUCAAAGGAAUAAUUGAUAAUUAUCGAAACGAGAAAAGGACCUUGAAAAUGUUGAGCUGGUGUAUUGGUUUAUUGCCAAUGUGGUUAAAAGACCUUAGACCGAAAAAAUUAGGCCAUGACUAGCGAAUUAACAGUCUUCUGUUAAAGGAGAUAUUUUUCUCUCUACAACGAUAUAAUUCAUUAUCAGCAGCAACAACAUCAGCAAAUAGUUAACAGUAAUCGAGUAAUGUUCUGCGAUAAUAAUCUUAAAUGGCAGCAUUUGUUGAAAUAAUUAAUUUCAUGGAUAUGUAAAUUAAUUAAUAGUAUAGCUCGUAUGUCCAACGAAAAAAUAAUAUUAGCUGUACGAUAUACGUUAAAGGCCUAAUAGGCAGCAGAUUAUUAUUGACAUUUACUAUCGCAUAUUUUGGAUCAUCAUACUUUCUAUCUAACGUACAGAUAAAAAUACAGUGAAAAUAAAAUCCAACUCGUUCGAGAACAUUUUAUGUACUAUUAUCGAUACUUUUUCUAACUUUGAAUAUAUUUACUGUAUUUAUUGUGCAACAUUUAGAGAGGGUGAAAGUGUUAUUUGAAUGCAGUUUGGUUAAGCGAUGACGUGUUUAACUUUCAAUGCAGUCUAUCGAGUAAAUCUUCAUUUGUUUGCUAAUAAUAAUUUCAGAACGAUAGACAGAAAGUAUUGGAUCCAUAAAAGUAAAGAAAAAAAAAAAGAAAGUAAGAAAGAAA